AUGUAUAUUCAAUUGGUAAAUACUUCAACAGGUUGUGGCGGUAAUGGUAAUAAUUAUCCAAGUAAAUCGGUAUGUGAGAAACAAUGUGUUCGUUCUGCAAAAUGCAAAAAUGGUAUGCAAGCAUUCAAAACCGAAAAUGGUAGACCGCUACAUUGUACCAAAAAUACAUGUCCUAGUGGUUACUAUUGUUCAAUUUCACAGCCGUACUCAAUUUGUUGCCCUAAUAAAUCUUCGAAUGAAACAGUAUCAUCAACUCUGAACAUUGCCAACGAAAUCUGCCAGCUUCCGAAGGAAAGAGGUCCUUGUGAUAAGUAUGAAUUACGAUUUUAUUACAAUAAACGUCUUGGCGAAUGCAAGUACUUCUUUUUCGGAGGAUGCGAAGGAAAUGCGAAUAAUUUUGAACGAGUUGAAGAAUGCGAACGUACUUGUCGACAACGUGGAAUAAAAACAGCUUUAACAACCAUCGUAUCAGCACCACAACUUAUUACUCAAGGACCGCAGCUGAAAAAGCUUAACAAGGAGUAUGCUACAAAAAGCUUGAAAAAAACAGAAGAAGAUCAGAGUCGAGAACUGAUUGUGCAUGCUAUCGAUGAGAAUAGCCAGGAAUAUACAAGCACUUCUGACGCCUUAGAAAGUCUUACAAGUGAUGUCUUAUCAACUAGUUAUCAAACGGAUAUAAUUCCAACUUCUACACUUGCCUACGAGAGCACUACCGUUGGGCAGAUUUUUUCUACUGAUAUCCAGAAUAUAAUGCUGAAUACUGAUAAAUUUGUGAAAUUACCUGCAAGAAAAAAAACAACAAAUGAGUUUCGAAGGAAGCAGAAUAAGUUUCAUGCAACAACACCUGGCAGCGAAAUUUCUCUUGAAGAUGAAUCUAACAAACCUGUGAGCACAACUUUACCAUCAACGAAUUCUGAUAGUUCUACUGAUUUUGAUGAUGCCUUGGCUGAAAACAACGAACAAUCUUCACUAACUACAUCUGCAAAGCACACACUCAAAAGACAAUCGUUGUUAGAAUAUUUGUGUGAUUUAUAUGCAAUAGAAUCUCUGAUUGGAAGUGCAAAAGAACGCUGUAACCAAAAACGUGAUCCGGGAACUUGCCUUGGACAAUUCAUUCGUUGGCACUGGGAUGCAGAACGACGUACAUGUCAAAUAUUCACCUAUUCAGGAUGUGGUGGAAACGGAAAUAACUUUGGAAGCCGUAACGAAUGCUUUGCAGCAUGCCAUCAACCUCCUAAGCCAACUCCUGACCUUCACAAUGUCUGUGAACACAGCAUUGAUCCAGGGGAUUGCACUGGUGUCUUCCAGAGAUUUGCCUUCGAUUCUGCUACCAAAGAAUGUCGAGCGUUCACAUACAGUGGAUGUGGUGGCAAUGGAAACAAUUUUGGGAGUGCUCUCGAAUGUCGUCAAAAAUGCCACCCUGUAGAAGUAGGCGAGUGCUCCAGUGUCUUCCCAAGAUUUGCAUAUGAUCAGGCAUCAAAUGAAUGUCGACCUUUCACUUAUGGUGGUUGUGGUGGUAAUGGAAAUAACUUUGCCUCCAUUACUGAGUGCCAAAAAAUGUGUGUCAAAGAACUAUCGUUAGGAACGCAAUGUCCUCCGAUAAACGUCUCACACUGUCUGGAGCCAUGUAUUCUGUUCUCCAAUCGACUUGGUUGUCAUGAAUGCAGAUGUCCUGUAACACAGCCUGAAACCGAAAAAGUAUCAAUGCAGAUAUCUACUCCAAUUCCAACAACUGAUGAUUCAUCACAAAUAGAUCAAACUUCGCAAGCUGAGAAAUCACUUGAAAAUGAUGUGGAAAAGAAAGCUGAGCAAGUACCACCACCAGAACAAACUUCGAAAGUUAAUUCCGUGAUAGAAUUGGGGGAAAAAUGUACACAACCUAUGGAACCAGGACCGUGCAAAAACUUUAUUGAACGUUGGCACUUUGAUAUAAAGACAGGUCUCUGCAAAUCAUUUCAGUACGGUGGUUGCGCAGGCAAUCGGAAUCACUUCUUCUCUAAACACGAAUGUGAGAUUCACUGUGCUCGGUUUUUAAGAUCUCUCUAUGAUAACUCUUUGGAACGGGAAAAUGAAAAAUUAAGCACCAACAUAUGUUUAGAUGGACGUACAGGCCGUAGAAGGAUAGCCGCUUAUCAAAGUGUCUCCUCACGUUCACAGAAUAAUGACCUGACGUCGUCAGAAUUUGACGAAACACUCUUGCUAAAUGAACAUGAGCACACACGUAACACAGAUAAUAUUGAGAAGUACAAUACUGUUAUGUUACCACAUGAAAUUUCUCAGAGGAGAGAUGAUAAAUCUGAUUUAGUAUUGAGACGACAAGCAAAUGAAAAACUGAAAGCACCAUCAUUUGAGUCACUAGCUAAUACCAGGUCUAACUUUGUACUUGCCAGUUCACAAGCUGGCAAGGGGAAAUCUGGAGAAUCUGCAUAUAGAACAGUAGGCUUGCAGCAUCGACAGUCUUGGAGUGGUCCUUUGGGACAUAGAUUAGCUGUAUGGGUACCCGAGAGUAAUAAGUUAAAACAAUCAGUGAUUUCAAGUAAUGACAAAGUAAUGCAUGCUUCUCCUCGGAUUCAAAUUGAUAAACCAGUUCAUCGAGAAGAGAAUCAAGUAGUUAUGGUGAAAGAAAAAGAUGAAUUGGAGCGAACAGCCUCAGAAAUCAAAACUGAGGUAAACAGCGAUAAAACUGAAAUUGAAAAUUCUAUCAUGAAAAACAUUCAUAUACCAAUUAUGAAUUCUUCCUUGUUGAAGAAAAAAGCGAAAUCAGAAGCUGUUACUGAGAAAUUCACUUCACUGCAAGAAGAAAACUUGGAGCAACGAGCAAUAUCAACAUCAAUGACAGCCACACCGGAAUCUGUUACAGAAUUCACGCCAUAUAAUAGUAGUACGAACAACUUAGAUACGGUUAGAAACGAUAUAUUCAAUAAUAGCGUAGCGAAGCAGUUGUUUGCAGAACGUCCAGUUGAAGAGCAAGUAGAAGCAUGUGAUAAAAAUGCUUCUGUUGACAAGGGCACAGCAUGCAUUUCUUCUGAAUCACAUAAGCAGAAGUUACAAGAUUCUUCGCUAUCAUCGGAAUUGCGAGAAAUCCAUUCGAAGAAUAGUCUUCCAAGUAAUGAAGGAGAAAACGAAGAAGAAAAAGUAAAUUCAAAAGAAUUUCACAAAGUUGGAAAUAAUGAAGAGACGCAUGCAGAAGCAAAUAUAAAUUUACCUGAAAUUAAAGCAAAAAAUCUGGCUCACAUAAGGACCGUUGAUACUUAUAAGAUGCCAAAAGAUCGCAAUCGAAUUUCGGGAAGGUUUACUGAUCUUUCUAUCCAGAAUGAUUUACUUUUUAAUGACGCUCAAUCAAAAGACAUUCAUAAAAAAUAUUCCGGAGCAAUGGGUAAAGCUCCAAAUACCGAUUCCAUGCAACUAAGCCGUGAUUCCGUACUACGACAUCAUAUUCGAAUCAUUAAUCAAGGCUCUGCCUCAAAGUUUCUCUCUUCUGUUGUGUCACCACUAAUUUCAUCGCCAUCAACGACAGCAGCAACUUCAUCUACAUCUACAUCAUCAGUUUUCUUACUAUCAAAAUCAGUUUCAGCAUCAGCACCCCCAUCAACAUCAUCAAUAAAUUUGCAAUCAACUUCUGAAGGAGAAAAUAUGUUCUUCAACACGCCUGAUUUUGGUGAGUCUAAUAUCUACGUAAUCCUAAUUUCUUGCCUUUACAUAAUAUCUCAUGGUAAGGCCAUAGAGGGCAUCUUCAUUUCUACAACUGAUAAUCGUUUAGAUGAUGGAGUGUGCCGAAUGAAUAGACAAACUUUUGCUACAGAAAAUUCUGCUCAUUUUGUGGCUAAAUUAUUGUAUAGAUGA